UGCAACAAAAUUAACGAGAGGUGUUGAGGAAGUUAAGGAAAUUGCACAGAAUGGGCAGAGCUCCUUGCUGUUCCAAAGAUGAAGGUCUUAAUCGUGGGGCAUGGACUGUUGAAGAGGAUUUGAUUCUCACUAAAUACAUCUCAAUUCAUGGUGAUGGUGGAUGGAAAUAUCUCCCACAAAAAGCAGGCCUGAAACGGUGUGGGAAAAGCUGUAGAUUACGCUGGUUGAACUACCUCCGUCCUGAUAUUAAGAGGGGAAACAUAUCAGCUGAUGAAGAAGAGCUCAUUAUCAGAAUGCAUAAACUACUUGGCAACAGGUGGUCACUAAUAGCAGGAAGACUGCCUGGUCGAACGGAUAACGAAAUCAAGAAUUACUGGAACACCCAAUUGGUAAAAAAGCUUGAAAGCAAAGAAUUUAGUGCUCCCAGAACCAAGGAAAUCUGUAGAAAGUCGAAAUCUCCUUCUGCUUAUUCAGAGGAUCGCCGUGUAUUACGAACUGUGGCAGUCAGGACUACUGCAGCGAGAAUACCCAAGGACCCAUACAAAGAGGGUGCCAACACUACUUCCGGACAUCAAGAAAGAAAAUUGCAGAGGGAGGUUUUGGACAUUGUUGACAACCCUUCAGAAUCAGGGUGCGAGUCUUUUGUUAAUGAGAUGAUCUCGGUUAGCAACUUUGAGAUUGUCAAUUAUAGUUCAGCUCAAAAUACAAUGGAAUCUGAAAGCCCUCCGGUGGAAAUACUUGGGCACCCUUAUCCCAUAUUUUUGUCCAGAUUAGUCGACAACCAGUUCUACAAGGCAAAUGAAGUGAAUACAUGCAAGAGUACAUUGUAUUUGAACGAGAUGUGUUCCCCUGACGACAACUUGCCAUGGUCUCCGUACAAUUUCUCGACAGAUGACUGGAUAAAUGAAUUAGAAUAUUUAAAGAUGUCAAGUCUAUUUCAAGACUAGAAAAGUUGGGUGGAAAGAAGCAGCCACUUAGAUUGUAUGUAGUUUUAAUAGAAGAGGCCCUCUUGGAAUAGAUAUAUUGGUCUUAAUUGUAUUGGUCUAUCAUACAUGUACCUUAAUUGUAUUGGUCUAUCAUAUAUGUUCAUUGUACAUGCUCUUACUUAGGCUUGGAAUAAAACCUUGGGUAGUAUAUUUUUACUUUUUGGAAUUCAUAAAUAAAGUAUUUUGUUUAAAC